GCCACUUUCCGCGUUUGCCCUGUGGCGGGCUCUGUGGUUCUGGAGACUCAAGUUUUUAGUCGGGGUGGAGGCGGCAGUCGGCCAGCAGCAAGAUGUCAUUGAUCAGAGUGAACCGCUUUGGUCCCCGGGGAGGUGCAAGAAAGACUCUGAAAGUAAAGAAGAAAGCUGCAGUGAGACAAGAGUGGGAUAAUACUGUGAAUGAUCUAACAGUUCACCGGGCAACUCCUGAAGAUCUGGUGCGCCGUCAUGAGAUGCACAAGUCAAAGAAUAGAGCAUUGGUGCACUGGGAACUUCAAGAAAAAGCUUUGAAGAGAAAAUGGAAGAAGCAGAAACCAGAAACCUCAAGUAUUGAAAAAAGAAAGUUAUCUAUCAUGAAGGAGAUUCUUUCCGAUCAGUACCAGACACAGGAUGUGCUGGAAAAGUCCGAUCAUCUGCUGACUGCAGCCAAAGAUCUGUUUGUUGAUGUUCCUCGUAAGCGCACAGGGUUUCCAAACGUAACAAUGGCUCCAGGCUCCUCACGGAGCCCCGCUGGAAUAAAUCAAGACCCUGGCAGCCAGUCUAUCCUUAACGAAUCAGUCAUAGAGCCUCAGGCUCUUAAUGAAGUAGAUGAUGGAGGGGCGGAAAGCACUGCUCAUAGCCAGUCAGAAGACAGUGAGAGUGAACUGCCUAACUCCCUCAGCCCACACUCCAACAGGAAUACAGAGAGGUUUCUUAACCAGCUAAAGGAAGAGAAUUCUGAGUUAAUCAAUCAACUGUGGACUGAUAUUCAGCAGAAAAUCGCUGCCCAGUCACAAAGAACUCCUCCAGGCUCUCCGUCCUCGGAGCUUUCAGCAGAGGAUCAGAAAGCUGCUCUGAAUGCAACAGAUGCUGUCAAGAGAAUCCAGGCUGGGCUUCAGCCUGAGGAGUCUGCUGAGCCUGUAGACUCCAGCUAUGUGGGGCAGGUGCUGAACACAAGGAAGACAAAGCCGCUGCUAAAUAAAGUGAAAAGAAAACAAGAUAUGCGUGCUCUCUCCAAGCAGAAGAAAAACAUGCUCUCCUCCAGCACAACCUCUGCAGACUUAGCAAGUAGCAAUAAUUCCAGCCUGGAUGUCCUCAAACACAUGAUCCAUGAAGUGGAACAUGAAAUGGAAGAAUAUGAGCGGUGGACAGGCCGUGAGGUCAAGGGGCUGCAGGGUGGUCAGGGACUCACAGGCUUCACCCUGUCCCUAGUGAGCUCGCUCUGCCGGCUGGUUCGGUACCUUAAAGAGAGUGAAAUCCAACUUCGGAAAGAAGUAGAGACCAGGCAGCAGCUGGAACAGAUGUUAGGUGAUCACCGCGAGCUCAUUGAUGCGCUGACAGCUGAAAUUCUUCUCCUCAGAGAGGAAAAUGGUGCCGUGCAGGCGAGACUUCAGCAGUACAUGGUUACUACAGAUGAGCAGCUUAUAUCGCUCACACAUGCCAUUAAGAGCUGUCCUGUGAUCAAUAACUCCAGACAAGAAAGUCAAGCACCAGAAAGGGCAGCUAUGGGUAGAAGACUUGUGGAUAAUGUAGGGGGUCCUGUGGUAAACAGUAAUGUCUCCAUGCCGUUGAUGCUCAAAGGGGAGGAAAUGGUUGACUUCCCACAGGAAGAGCUGCCUGUUAAACUAUCUCAGGGGCCACCCCCCACAGAAAACCUGAAUCUGGCCAGUAACUUCCCCACACAUAUUUUUGAGCCAGCCGUGAUGCUCACACCACCCAGGCAGAAGAGCAACUCGGAAUUCUCUCCUCUGCAGGACGUACUGAGGAGAACUGUUCAGACUCGUCCAGCUCCACGAAUUCCUCCCACUGUGGAAGUUAUAGAGAAGGAACAGACCUGGGAAAAGAAGAACCUGCCUAUUGAUCCAGACAUUCAGAACUCAAAUGAGGAAAACCGUCUCUUCACUCAGAGGUGGAGAGUCUCUCACAUGGGAGAAGACUCAGAGAACAAAAGCCAGCCACAGUUUGUUAGCCUGUCACAGCCCCCUUGCAGUUCCCUUCCCAGCACUCAGCAAUCGAGAAACCCCGUGUUCUCAGAGGAGCCCACAGUGCUUGGAGAUGGGCAGCAGCUCAGAACAGCUGACGCACUGAUGCACAGGAAGGACAUAAUGGCCCGGAUCGCUGAGCUGACCCUGCAGAAUUCAGCCAUGAAGGCUCACCUGAACAAUAUUACCAGCUCAGGGGGAGAGCAUGGCGAUGGACUCCGGGAGCUGAGCAGACAGGGAAGUGCCAGCGAAGUGCCUGCAAAUUUCCCAGCAGUUCAGUCUCUGAUACCAAGUAGCAUGGAGGAGAGGAUUGCAGAGCUGAACCGACAGAGCAUGGAGGCUCGCAACAAACUGCUCCAGUUGAUAGAGCAGCAGAAACUUGUUGGUUUGACCCUUUCCUCGUCACCAGUGUCACCUGUUGAGUCACCUCUCAGAGCUUGGACCGAGGAAGGAAAGCGAACCAUCGAGGUAUCUGUCCCAGGAGUGGAGGCUUCAGAGAGUUCGAAGUGCAAUACUGUCUCUCCUGUCAGCGGGAUCAGUUCAAGAAGAUCUUCAGGGGCGAUUAGCAAUUCCUGUUCUCCACUGAACGCCACCUCGGGAAGUGGGAAGUUCACACCAGUUAAUCCAAGAACAAAGCAGACUGAGAAGCAAAGCGAGGAAGGCUGGUUUGCUCUUUCUGCCCACAUACCGUAAGGGAAGCCCAAGCAGAGAGCGUCCUCUGGGACUUCAUCCUGGCAUUUCCUUCCCACGUCAUGGAUGCUCUGUUCACGUUGCAACAUUUUCCUUCAGAUAAAGCCUGCAACCUAUGCUUAUUCAUGGAAACAGAGAAAAGGACAACUUUUUUACCUUUUUAAAUGGGUUUUUCAACAAAGCAUCUAAUCUAUAGAUUCCCAGUAAAUAAAACUCUAUAGGGGAAUUAAAGUUUUAUAUUUAUUUAACCUUGUGUAACUUUUUAGUAAUACACUGUUACUCUUGUCGUUGCUGUUAAAUUUUUUUGUUAUUUAGUGCAUCUUAAGUGUGGCUCAACUUCCCGGAAGAACAUAAUUGCUUUAUGUAUAACUUAAAAUAAAAUUGUUCUAGCUUUCAGAAAAAUGUAACACUUUGUUUUUUAUUGAAAUCGACAUUUCCAGCUGAAUGUACAGCUUUAAAAACCUGAAGGCUGAGGCUGUAGUGUUCACCUGUAGUCCCAAUAUCCAGGAGCCUGAGCGGGGACUGUCUAGGAUAGGACGAGUUCCACCGCAGCCUGAGCGAUGUAGACAACCCUGUCUCAACAAAAGAAUCGAAGUGCGUGCAGGAAGGGUUAUUUUGCGUAAGCAAGUAAACAUAGAUAUGUCUAAAAAAAUCUUAUGUAGUUUUUAAGUGUGAAAAUUUCAAAAUGAUAAUGUAUAUCUAAUUAAUGAUUGUUACCCACAAACCACUCAAACACUGAUCUCAGUCAGACAGGGAUGGUUUAUUGAACACACACCCUUAAACUGGUCGAUAACAAGGCCAUAACUUGGGUUCAGGGCUGAGGCUACAACCCUGAACAUCUUUCUCCGUCUGCUUAUAAAGACUAAAAUUGUAAAAACCACGGUGAGCUCAUAUGCAGGUGCAGGAAGUGCUGCCCAGUGUUCGGCUCUGACUCAAGCCAUUUUAGACAUAACAGUUCAUAUUGAUCUUUAAUUUGAUGGGUCCUACAUAAAGCUUCGUGGAAUUUCUUAAGUUAAACCUCAGAACAUAGGAAACGUAACAGGGUAUGUGGUCGGCACGGGCCUGCUCUGAGUCAAGUUAUUUUCUGUGUCAGUGACUGGCAAGCAUAUUACAGCAACAAUAUGAAAUAGUUGGCGGGCAUGGAACAAAAUGCUACAGCUAUGCUGGGGUGGGGCAGGCCUCAACAGUGGUAAUGCCCAUUAUGUUCAAAUGUCUAAGUGCAGUACACUGAUCUAAUGAUGGUGUUAGAGAAAGAAAUAUAAAAACUGUUAGUAAUUUCCUCACCCCGAAUCACCUAAAAUAGAUUUUCUUUCAUGUGCUGACUGUUUCUCAAGUGCUGACUUCUCUUUCCAGUUCUUUCAGUUGAUAUCUGCCAUGCUGUGGUUGUAAUUUUCAACCCGAGUAAGUUGGGAGGGGAGGAUCACACUGAAGCUCCCCUGACUCAGACCUCCCUUUCCCUCCCUCUGCAGUUGAGAAUCACAUUCUAGGAACUGCCCUGGGCUUCUAAAUUAUAGCAAAAAGUAAGAUUAUUUUCUUCUGGUACUAGUGAAUUGCUGCGGAAUCUGUAUUUGUUUUAUUUCUUGCCAAUUUCUUCCACUAGUUCUAUACAUUUUCUAAGUUGUUUAAUAAAGACUGUCUGGUGGUUUGAAUAGA